AUGCCCAAUAUUAUCAGAGACAUUACAGUUGAGGCUAUUAGAAAAGUUUAUCCACUGAAAGAGUAUAUGGAUCCAUUUAUAGCUGCUAUAUUUGAUAUUAGAUACAUGAAUGAAUCACUCUUGACAGGAUCACUUGUGGAAGGAUAUGAACGCAUGUAUCUGAUACAGGAGGGGGAUCAAAAGGGGUUGAACUGGAUGCUGAGUGUUGGAACUUUAGGAAAGUUGUUCUGUGUGCCAGCGACUUGCUCAUACAUGUUUUAUGGGCAACUCUUCUGCAUCAACUGUAUAUUUGAGGAUUGUACACUUGUUGAUAUUGUGGUUCGUAAAACACUACAGAGCAAGACUAUUUUAACAAUAGCUCCAUUUAUUCGUGCUAUUUGA